CUCCCGCUUUAAAGGCGAGCUUGGGGGGGGUGUGGGGGGGGAUUUGCGGGAGGCACGGCGGCGGUGAUGUCAGCCCGAGCCUAAAAUAGAGCGGGAUAGGCUGCAAAUCCACGGCGCGGGGGCUAAAGCCUUGCAAUCCCGCCGCAGCCCGGCACCAUGCCGCUGUGAAGUGCCCCCCCCGGCUCUCUCCCACUCGCACCCGCAGCCGGAGGACCCCGCCCGGCCCCCGCCAGGUGCCCGCAGCCCCUCUGCUGGGCGGCCCCCGGGGCACGGAGCCGGGGCGCGGAGCCCCCCCUGGGCGGGCGGCGGCGGCGGCGGCGGCGGCUGCCGGUCGCUGGCGGAUCCCCGAGGAUUACCAGGAGCCGCUCGCCCCGUCCCGGAGGCUGCCGAGGGCCGCCCGCAGGGAGCGCAGCGCCCCGCUGCCCGCAGCCGUCCCGCGGGGCCCCCAGGAGCCGGGGGCUGCCGGCACCAUGGCAUCGGCGGACGGUGCCAACAAUAUGCCUAAGCAAGUAGAAGUGCGGAUGCAUGAAAGUCAUUUGAGUCCAGUGGAGCACAGAUCCAGGAACAUAUGUGUGCAGCUUUGCCAGUCGCUCCGCAGGAAUCUGCUCCUGACUCUUACUGUAUUCGGUGUCAUCCUGGGUGCACUAUGUGGGGGUCUUCUUCGUCUAGCAACACCAAUUGACCCUGACAUCAUCAUGUUAAUAGCCUUCCCAGGAGAUAUACUUAUGAGGAUGCUAAAAAUGUUGAUCCUCCCUUUAAUUAUCUCCAGUUUAAUCACAGGACUGUCUGGUUUAGAUGCUAAAGCAAGUGGCCGAUUGGGAACAAGAGCCAUGGUCUACUACAUGUCCACCACUAUUAUUGCUGCCGUGCUGGGUGUGAUUCUGGUUUUAGCUAUCCAUCCAGGGAAUCCAAAACUCAGGAAACAGCUAGGUCAAGGGAAAAAGAAUGAUGAAGUAUCUAGUCUGGAUGCCUUCUUGGAUCUGAUACGAAACCUGUUCCCUGAAAAUCUAGUCCAAGCAUGUUUUCAGCAGAUCCAAACUGUUACCAAGAAAGUGUUGGUGCCACCACCCAUUGAAGAACCACCAAAUGUUACUGAUGCUGCCUUUGCUAUCAUGAAUGAGACAGUGCGCGAAGCACCAGAAGCCCAGCUGGUCAUUAAGAAGGGACUGGAAUUUAAGGAUGGCAUGAAUGUCCUGGGUUUGAUAGGAUUCUUUAUUGCUUUUGGCAUUGCUAUGGGGAAAAUGGGAGAACAGGCCAAGAUGAUGGUGGAUUUCUUCAACAUUCUGAAUGAGAUUGUAAUGAAGUUAGUAACUAUGAUCAUGUGGUAUUCCCCUUUGGGCAUUGCUUGCCUCAUCUGUGGAAAAAUCAUUGCAAUCAAGGAUUUAGAAGUAGUUGCUAGACAACUUGGCAUGUACAUGGUAACAGUGAUUGUGGGUCUUGUCAUCCAUGGAGGGAUCUUCCUGCCUCUGCUUUACUUUGUGAUAACGAGGAAAAGCCCCUUUUCAUUCCUUGCUGGGAUUUUCCAGGCAUGGAUCACAGCACUAGGCACAGCUUCCAGUGCUGGAACAUUACCUGUCACAUUCCGGUGUCUUGAAGAAAAUCUAGGCAUUGAUAAACGUGUAACAAGGUUUGUUCUUCCUGUUGGAGCAACAAUUAACAUGGAUGGAACUGCCCUUUAUGAGGCUGUGGCUGCCAUCUUCAUAGCACAGAUGAAUGGAAUUGAGCUGGAUGGAGGCCAGAUAGUUACUGUGAGUUUGACUGCCACCCUUGCAAGUGUCGGAGCUGCCAGUAUUCCCAGUGCGGGACUCGUCACUAUGCUUCUGAUCCUUACUGCAGUGGGUCUCCCUACCCAGGACAUCAGUUUGCUUGUUGCUGUUGACUGGCUUUUGGACCGGAUGAGAACGUCAGUCAAUGUAGUGGGGGAUUCUUUCGGUGCUGGCAUCGUCUACCACCUUUCCAAGGCAGAACUUGACAGCAUUGAUUCUCAUCAUAAAGGGCACGAAGACAUUGAAAUGACCAAGACUCAGUCAAUCUAUGACGACAUGAAAAAUCAUAGGGAAAACAACUCAAACCAAUGUGUUUUUGCAGCUCACAACUCAGUCAUAGUAGAUGAAUGCAAGGUAACACUGGCAACCAAUGGCAAAUCUGCAGACUUCAGUGUGGUUGAAGAAGAGCCUUGGAAACACGAAAACUAAGGGAAGAGAUUCCCAGCUCCAUCUUUAAUAAGCCCCGAAGCUCUCUUCUGGUAAAAGAUACCACGAUUAAGGAAGAUUUCUCUCUCUCUCUUUUUUUUUUUUUUUUUAAAAAAAAGUUAACAUCUACAGUUUCUGCUUACUUAAUUUCUUAACUGAAACUUAGCAAAGAUCUCAUAAAGUCAUUGUAGCAUCUUUGCCAAACAAUGAUCCGUAACCAUCUGUCUCCCUUGUGUUACUGUUUGGAUGAUGCAGCUGGAGAAUACUCCAUGCAGUGCAAUGUGCUCUCACCCGCCUCCCCGUUCAUUCAAGACGCAGAGAAUGUAAAUGCUGCAACAUGGGAAGAUCACAGUGCCAGUACAGUUCACUACAGGGACUCAGGGUCACAAAUUGUUUCAGAUAAAUAUAACUUCAUGCAGACCUCCAAGUGUUUCAGUGACUCUUGUGGCACACCUGAUCUAGUUGGCACUGCAUGGCUAAAAUAGCUUUUGAAAAUUCCCACAAAGAUUUCUAUUUGUUACAAUAAUAAGAAGAACCUGGCACGGGAAGCACUGAACUUUUGUGCCUACUUCAGACUGAACUUAGAUCCAGGGGCAAGGUUAACUUAUGGAAGUCAAUAAAUCAUCCCAGACCUUUUGUUAGAUUAGUACAACUAAUACUUGACAUUAAGACAAGACCUUAGAUUUGCAUGUACAUAUGAUACAUUUUUUUGUAAGCUGUCCCAGGGCAGGCGAAGCUCCAUUUUAUUAUGGGUCUGUGCUGCUCUGUGACAGUGCAUCAGAUAAUACAAGGCAGUAUUAUUGCAGGGUGUAAUAGUUCUUAAACCAAUGCCUGAUGUACAAAAUAUAGAGUACCAUGGGCUCAGUUAUGUCAUUCUUAGUCCAAGCAGGUAGCACCGUACUCUUCACUCUGCUCCACUGAAGUCUGAGGGAUUCCUCAUGUGGAAAGGGAGGCUCAAGUAAGGUACUACUAAGCGUGAGCAAAGAUGUCAUGAUUGGGUACUUGAUGAUGAUCCAUAUAAAAAAAUAUAAAUAUAUUACACUAAAUAAUUGGGAGUUUUGAAUGUAAUCAUCAGUAGCAUUUGGCUUGAAGUGUAUGUCUUCCAAGUUCAUAUCAUAUGUCAGAGAAUGGCUAAAUCCUGAAAUAAUUACUAAGCCAAAUUCCUUAUUAAGGUCAGUGGAGUUUGGCCAGGGCUAGGACUGAAUGAAGAAUACACAAGAAUUGCAGGAUUUAGACCAAUGUGUUGAAUUACUUCUCUCUUUCUCUGUUUUGUAGAGUAAUGAUUCAUAUACAUUUCUAAUGUCAGAGAAACGUUUCUUAGAGCACGUGGCAUCUGAUUUAACAAGAUGGUGUUUUGUCAACAUAAUAUAGCUGACUCAUCCUGUCAGGAGAAAUUACAGCCACAAUAAUCGCCUUGUGAAGUGUUUUCUAAAGGUGCUUGUUAAUACUCUGCAAUGUUCAGACACUGGUGAACGCCUCUGUACUACUAGCAAUGUUCUAUAGCGCAGCUGAGCCAAGCAGCCCGGGAGGCUGCACCCACAGAGCAGUGUCUGGGGGAGCUUGCAGAGGUUCUCAGAGUGACCGAGUAUGAGUGUACCGUGAGCUUAGACAUGGCCGUGAACAGAGCUGAAACAUUUAGGGGCACAUGCCAUUCAGUGUCUGUGCAUGGACCUCUUGUGGGUGUAAGCAGGAAUAAUGUGUUGAACUGUGGAGUGGUAUACGGCUCUGUAGAAGCUAUUAAAAUAUAAAUAUAAUCUGCUUUUGCUCAUCUGCAUUCAUAUAAAGACCUCUGAAAACGCACAUGGACGUGAACCAGCAAAGGCUGCUUGCAUGAUGAGUGAUGUGCAAGACCAAGUUCAUUGUCAAAGCACCUCUCAUUCAUGCAUUUGUUGAUGUGGACUAUUCUUCUUGCCCUUGUAUUUCUGUCCUCACUUACAUGCCAUUGCUAUGAUCCUAAACAAAAUGGCCUAUAUAAUUUAGCAAGUAUUGAACCACUGUGAAUGCUGUAGGCCUCUAAUGUAUAUUAGAGGUGGAGACCUUUUCCAGAGGUCUUGUGAAUCAUCUUAAGGAUCCUUUUUUGAUGGAUGGAACCGUAGAUAUCCAGAGAAGUGAUAGGCAGAUGAUCUUAUCUUUUCUUCGGUCAUUGGUAUCAUCAUACCCAGAAUUAACCUGGAGCUGCUGCUUCUCCCAGUACACACAUGAACGCUCCCAAAUGCUUUCUUCUUAAAGUGCAUUUGUGAUAGCAAGAAAAGAAAGCAUUAUGCCACCUGUCCGUAUUGAACUGAAAGUCUGGGUAUUGAGAGUGUCUGGGGAUCAGGGCCCUAGUCUGCAUUUGAAGACAAUUUCUCUUCUGUGUUAUGUGCCAGAAGUGUGCCUAGGGCGGUGUGCAGGUACUCUGAAAUGUUCCCUGUUCUGAGGGCGUGAGCUCGCAUCGAGUGAAAUUCGCUGUGACUGGAGUGGUGGUUAUAUCCAAGAGCAGCACACCACGUUUGCCCAGUAGCGCCUGUCCUGCUGUCCUGCUCGCCGCAGCAGUCUCUUAGGAGCAGCCACAGUGACCUCUUGUCUUGAGAGCAGCUUCAGAAAACCAGUCUGCAGACUUUUAGCUGUCUUUUGAAAGCAUUCAGCAGUUGGGAACGAAAAGGAAUGCCAGCAACAUGUGACUGGGCAGCUCCACAAAAUUACAUAUUGAGAAACACUUAUGAUGUGCUUACGCUUAUCCGCCUGGGACGUGCUGUCCUUUGAAGAGUGAUUCUUCAGAUGGAGACUAGGGGAGGAAGGAAUGAGAUGCUAGAAAAACUCCACCCACACAAGGGAAAAUAAAUUUGGGCCUUUUGAUAGGACUGGAAUAGCAGACUGUGAUUUUAAAAUGGUAAUCCUGUAGAUACAGUAACUCAGGGAAGUUUCAAAAGAUAAUUACGGAGGCAUUUCUCGACUUAAAUGUGGAUGUGGGAGAAGGAGAAAUGUUGUUUUUGGUAAACUCCUCUGCUUUUAGCCUGGCUGAAUAUUUAAUGUAGUGUUACUCCAGCACAUCACUGUAUUUAACCAUCAAAAAGCUUUCCAUUUCACUGGGAAAAUGUAACUCACUCUUGGCUUGCAUUUCUCGAUUUGCUCAUUCCACAUGAGGCCGGGUUGCUACUUAACUAAAUAAACAGAAACUAACCCAGGGCCUGGCCACUUCAGCUAAUACAAUUCACGUUUCAGCAGGCAGGGCUGGUCACUGACUAGUCUGUUUUUAGUUUCACUAGGAAUGUUGCUGCAUUCAUUUGCAUGUGGCAAACAUUUUGCGCUUGUUUCCAGGACUGGGGUGGCAAAGUUAAAGGAAAAGCAGAGUACAAAGCGAUUUGCUUUCUGUGCAGUUCCUGGAGGAAUUAACGUUUCUUUCUUAUGCUCACCUCAUGUGCUGCUCUGUCUGUCCCCCCCGUUGUCUGUGCAGCUGUGAUAGCCUUUGCCCUUUACAUUAUUGGCAGCACUCUGGCACAUGGGAAAGUCUAAACCAGGCGAAGACUCAGUUAACUGCAUGACUAAUUAAGUACAUAUGUAUUUACUUUGUGCAUUCACUGCUGAAGCUAGGUCGGCAUUCUCUUGAUACCUGUUCAUUGAAACUAAAGCACACUGCAUGCUGAAGCUAAAGAAGAGGUGGAGCACUUUCCUACUGAGUUUUCUUCUUCACUGCUUCCCUCAGAAAACAAAGGCUGCACCACUGUAAGAUGCACACGUGGUUCACGUGGUUCUUACACAGGAAGAUGCUUCAGAUAGGUAGGGGACAAGCCAUGUGAACCAUGCUGAUAUGCAUGCCCUCCGUUUGAAUCAGUGAGAAACUCAUUACAUCUUUGAAAAGCUAUGUUUGCUGUAGUGAAACCUGGGCCAGCAAUGCUCUGGCUACACAAAAGUCCCACUGAAAUCCAGGGGAGUCACGAAAGUGUCAGGAAAGGUCAGAUCUCUUCCUGUCUCCGCUAAGUAAUAAGGUGUUUCACAAUCCUGUCUGAGUCAGUAGUCUUUGUCUGCUGCUUAAAAUGAAGGUGAUUCUCACACCCUCAAGGUUUUUGCCAAGAUGCUUCUUGUUCUUUGGCCUAAUUGUUUCUAUGCUGUACAAAUCCAGCAAUGAAUUUAAAACUCAGCACAAAAAUAAGGACUGCUGUCAUUAAGUUUUUAUUUCUUUUUUUUUUCUUUUUCUGUUCUGUCCCUGAGAUACAGCUAACCUCCAUUUCUUUCUCAAAGCAUGUGGAAUUACAAACAUUGUACCACUCUAAGAUGUGUGAGUAAGAUGUGAGUAAUAUGGAUUUCUGAUUUGUUUUCCAGCACUACCAGGGUCAUUGCAAUUCUGGUAGUCAACACUCAGAAGAGCAGACUGCUCAUCUGAGAAGCUGCAGCAGCAGUGCUUGAACAAAUUUGUUCUGGCAACUGCCUCAUUUUUCUUUGCUUCCUCGCCUUCUCUUGUGUUGUUGCAGACUUGUUGUAGCAACACAGCAGCAAUCGCACAAAUCCCUAAAAACACAAGCAGCAUUAAACCUCACCUCUGACAUCCACUUCUUUAAAUAAGUUUAAGAAAGCUCUGAGCUUUAGUAUCAGGCUCAGAGAAAUGCUUUUGUGGAGACUUAACGGUAUAACUGUUUCUCUUUUCAUUAGUUCCAUUCAUCUAUUUUUAUUGCUGCGUUUGAGUUCAUUUACAGAAGGGUAAAUAAGGGCACUUUAUAAAAAAUGUACUGUAAUAUUAGUCUGUUAUGAGCCAGAAGACUAUCCUUGUUUUUGUUACUGUGACUUCUAAGGACACGAUAAUAAGAUAUUUUUCAUACUAGUCAUUAGAGUUGGUGUAUGGUCCACUGGGCCAGUUCACCUCGGCUAUAGCUCUGCUUGCAUCCCUGCAUAACAUUGUGUGGAGGCUCCUGCUCCCACCAGAAAGCCCUCUCUGAACAAAGAGUGAUUUUCUUUUCUCCAAUGCUAUCGAUGACUUUUAAGGAAAAAUAUUUUCCCAAAUAUUUAUCUGAAUGCCUGUAAAUAAAGGAUUUUUUUUUUUUUUUUUUUUGGGGGGGGGGGGGGAGGAGGAAUUACAAUGCUGAACUGUCAGAGAAGGCAGCCAUCUCUAAACAAAGUGUUCAGCUUCACCAUGUUACUUUUUAAAGUGUUAUGUUCUUGUUCACAAUUUACCCCAAACAAUGUAUUAAAUCUGUCUUCUUUCCAAAGCCAUUGAUCUUUCUUCCUGGCAGACACAGAGGCUGUGGCUCUCCCUAACCCUGAUGCAGGCUCCGCAGUUCUGCAUGCCUACAUCAGGACCCCCAUUACGGUACACUGCAGAAGGGGUGCCUCCCUCAUUUUUUCCCCCGAUCUUGUUUGAUAUUAAAUUGAAAUCUGCUGCUGUGAAUGAACCAAACAGCUGCUGAUUCCCUGGUGCUGAUCAUUCCUUCACUUCUUGCAUGAGCAGGUUCUUAGGAACCAUUCCUUGGCUGUGCCCACCAUCCCAGAGACUUCUUCCAUGCUUGGGGGAAGCCUGGUGGCUUCCCACUACCAAGCUGAUACAAAUCCUCAUGGAUAAGGUGGUUGUGCUUUUGCAGCUAGGUUUUUUUUUGAAAAAAAACUAGAACAUAUGACUGAGCCACCAAGUGGGUCUCUGCUGCUCCAGGAUGGAAAUAACUAAGCUAAGGCAGGAUUUGGGAAGGCAUAAAGACCAGUGAGAUUUCUCACCCAACCUUUGAUCCCCUUUUAUGUCUGUGUUCUGCUGCAGAGCCAAUGCUGAUUGAUGCUGGAGUGUCGAAUCCUUCUAGUUUGAUUUUUCAAAAUUCAGGAGCCCCGCAAUUGUUUUUAAUGAUGCUCUGUGGCAUACACCAUUACACGAAGGGAAAGUGCCAUAGGCAGCAUCACACAACCUGGGUUGUCUAGUACCUGUACAGUGUUUUGUACAUAAAUAGAAGAGUUUGCAGGGAUUUUUGUAUCGUUCUUUUCUAUUUCUUUUCUACAGUUUUUCAAAGACUGUAUGCGAACUGUGUUUACAAAUUAGUUUUGCUGUCAGUAUUGUAGAUUAUCGCAUGUCCAUUUUGGUGUUUUGUAUGGGCUUGUGAGUCCUUGUGUGUUACAGGUUGUCCUUCCUUCUUAAAAACAAUUGCAUACGCUUCCAUCCAACAUAUCCUGUGCCCUUCUUAAAUAUAUCCCAUUUCCCAUGGUCCAGUGUGAGCUGUAGCUUGUAGAAUGCAUGAGAAAACACUGCACAUAUAUUAAUAUAAAUAUGAUAUGCUCAAUCCUGAUGUAGUUAUUAAUAUAGGUUUUAGGGGUUUGUACUUGUUCUCUGGAAACUACAGUUUAGACUGAACUAAAUUGCCUAGUAUCUGUAAUUUACAGACACUCAUAUUUUCAUAUAAUAUUUUCUAUAUGACCAUAUAAGAUAGGGAGAUAGGCCUUUAAAGGUGAUCUGUACCUUAGAACAAAACCAGUUUUCUCAUAGCAUUUAGGAUCAAUGAAAUAUUUCUGUGUUAUGUUUAGUGAUGAAUUAUAAACAAAGCACAAAAUGCAAGAAGCAAAUAGGAAUUUCAAGAUGUCCUUAAAUGCUGCAGUUCAUUAUAGAACAAUGUUAUAAUAACCUGAACAAUCUUCUAGAUUGACUGUCUUGGGCAAUUGCCCCUCAUUUUUGUCAUUUUUCCUGGUAUUACCUUUGCCAAAUCUUGCAGUUCUUUCUUAGGACCUGAUCAUGUGUAAUUGACUCACUCAGACUGCUGAUGAAAGAAAAUUGGAGAUCUGGGUAGGCAAAGAUAGAUUGUCAGUUACCUAGUCCAUCUUGCUAUAAUGUAAUGUACUUGAGUUCAGCCUGCAGAAAGACUUCAUGACUUGGCCACCAAGCUUUGCCUUCUUGAAAGGGGACCAACAGAACCACCAUGGGACCACUGCAAUUGGGUAGCAUCUGUACAAAUACCUCCUGCAUUCUUAUGUAUUUUAAAGAGAUCAAACACUAUAUUUUUUGACCAGGACAAGUGAAAGUUGCUUCUCUUUUAUGGUCGUCUGUUCCCAUUAGGCAAAUACCUGUUGGCAUUAAGGCCAUGGCUACAAUAAUUUUAUUUAAUGAACAAAGUGCUGUUUUGAGAGGAAUAAACAUGAUUUAAUAUAAAUAUUAAUAACACUUAUAUCACAGAAAGUUUCCCUUAUGGUCAACAAGUUCCUUGAUCAUGAUUAAAAACAAAGAAGAUAUUGAACAGCAAAUAUUGCUAUCCCAGUGUGACUGAUACUGGGCAUCUCUUCAUCUAUUCAGAAAUCUGUGGGGUGUGGUAUUCUGCUGAGGUUUUGGAGACUAAAUUUCUGGUAGAUAUACAUGUAGGAAGUGUGUUGAUGUACCCUUGUAUUUUAAUCUCUUUCUUGUAUUUUAAAUCAGUUUUACCAGGUAUUAUCUUAAUAGGAACUGCAGGUAGAAUAGAGCUAAGUGAGUCACUAAUAGCUGUAAAACCUUAUUGAUACCAGUUUUGACAUUUUGUUGAAGCAUGAUGUCCAGUGCCUCUCUGCACUUAGUGUAGAUAAUGUAGCUAUCAACGUGUAAUUUCAGUGAAAUGGUGUAUACAGUAUGGGUAGCGGUGCUUUAAUUUAAUUUUACUUGUUGGUGUGUAUUGAACCAUAGCAUCAAAUUAGGCCAUCUUUUAAAAUUCUGUUCUACUUUCGGUUUUUGUUCUUUUGUCUGAGUUUGUUUUCCUUCUGGCCAUUCAACUGAGUCAAUUACAUAGUUUAGUAACUGCUUUAUCUUUCAAUUAUGGGUUAUCCUGUUCUGAUAACAUUCAGAAUAAUGUAUUCAGUCAAGUUACUGUAAAUACAUUGGUUUUAGUUUUAAGGUCUCUAACCAGCAUGGUACAUGCUAGUACCUGCAUGGGUGUGCUUCCCUGGCAGUGAGCGAAAGUGAUGCCAGCAUAGAUGUGUUCCUCAUGAGUACAUUUGUUAUGACACUAAAAAUUAAUGCACGCACAGAAUGAUUAGUUUAUGUUUUGUUUUAUUCUUGUUUGUCUGAUGUGUUGGGACUCUACCACCAGAAGUUCAGUAAGUCACUGCUUAAAUUAGCACAAUGAGCAAGGGGGAAAUCAGUCUAGCUGCCUUAUGCUGGAUACCCUGUCUGCUACUUGCGCAGAGUGCUGCAUGCUGUGGGCAGCAAGGGUCUGCCUGUCCUCUCUGGAGCACCAGCCCCUGCUGUGUCCCCUUGGUAGGAACAGACUAUAAGGAAAAUGCACAGACUCAUGGGCAAGGAUCCACUGCUUCCGACAUUGUUAGAAGAGGAUAUUGAUAGCUACUGGAAAUUAAAAAUGUUAAGUUAAGUGCUUCUCAAGCUACUGUAGUUGAUGUCCAGGAUACCUGUUAUAUACAAGAAGUAUGUUUUAUCAUAAAAUAGAUAAUAAAACAGACAUACGUAUUCAGUGGCAAAAUUAUUCUGAAAUCAGGGCUAUAAUCUGUAAGAAAAUUACUUUUUUUUUUUUUUUUUUUGUGGGCAAAAACUGAAGGUGGUUCUGAAAGAUUUUGAGACAGCAAGAAAAAAAAAAAAUCUGGAUCAUGCCCAGGGUACCUGAGCCUGGUUCUCAUAAAUAUAUAUGUUCAUCCCCCGUAAGUGGAAAAAGAUCAAAAUUAGGCCCUAAAGCAUGGGAAGUAUCCUUCUCGGUGAGUCCUCCUACGAUGUUUCAGUGUGAAUCACAUGCUGUGGGACUGUGCACUGCCUGCUCCUGCUCCUGAUACUCCUUCCCCCUCUUAAAAGUGACCAAUUAUAAGAUGAAAUAUUUUCAGAUGCUUCACCUGAAAAUAAUAAAAAGAAAGAGGGGUCAGGUUGGUCUUUUCCUUACACUCAAAAAGUUCCCCAGGUUUUGAAAUGACAUACUGUACAGUAUCUAUAGCACACUUUGUAAACUAAAGAAUACAGAUAAAAUUUCUCACAACUUGAGGUUCUGUUCUUGUAUAUUGUAGCUGGAAUGCCUUGUAGACUAAGUCUAUUUUUGUAGUUCAGAUCCUUAUACUUAUCUGUAGUCAUUUGCUUUUAAUGCUUUCUUAUGGUGUAAACUGACUUCUGUAACUUUUAUGUAUAAAACAAACUGGACAUUCUUUCUAUACUGGAAAUAGUCGUGAAUAUAAUAUUUCACUAAGUGUUGUACCUCUUCUGUACAUAUCGUCAAUAAAUGUUGAUUCAUAAUUUUC